GCGGUGCACGAGAGACGGGACAGGGCGGGAGCCGCUCUGGCCGGGCCGCCGGGCCGGCUCUGCUGCUGCGGGCACAGGGUGCGGACACCCCUUGCGUGCAGGGGGUCGGGGCAUGUGCAAGGCGUCGUGUCCCCGGCAGGGUGGGCCUGUCGCGGGGAAGUGGGUGGGUUUCCAGUCACACUCGGGCACAUCGACCGUGUUUUUCAGACGCUGCCCCCCGAGCGCCGGUCGCAGCUCUCCUGGGAGGGACUGGCAGUCGGUGUUGGAUGAUGGGCUGCACCGAGGUCCUGCCGAGGUGCACAGAAAGCUGGCACGGUGCCUCCACUUGUGUAGUCAUGGAGCAGUUGUCCACCUACACCAGCGAGGGGUGGCUCAUAGCUAGAGCUGGUGGUAGCAGAGAGAGGCCCCUUCUCAGCAGUUUGUCUGUAUGGAAAGAUCAUUUCAAAGGUGGCUGAGGGGAGCAAAAAAAAAAAAAUAGGAAGUGGGAGAUAAUUUGUAAAUUAUCUCCUUUGCCGAGGAAAGAAUUAGAAACAAUUUUCCUUAGUUUUUCCUAUCCUGUUAUCACUGGCAAUUGUUAUGUCUAGACAAGGUACGUUCAUAGCAGACACAUCCAAACACAAUGGAAAAGGGCAAUAGCAAGCCAAAAUGCUGCUUACAGGUAUUUAAGAAGUUAUUAUAAAAUUAUGAUACAAAAGGCCAAAGAAAGCUAUUAGAUACAGGAGUUUGCAUGACAAAUCAGCUCCUAUCACUCAGCAAAAUUAUUAGAUAUGAGUUCACAGAUGUCAUAGAUAUCUCUCUAGUAUCAUAUCAUUAGAUAUGAUAUUAUUAGUGUGAGUUCAUAGUGGAAGCACUGGAGUACAAGAGCCUGCCAAGCCACUAAGUCCACAGAGAAACUCAUAUACACCUCUUAGUUAACUGAUCUACCUGCAUCUGGAGUGUGUAGUCCUCUUUCUGCCACUCCCCCUUUUUGGAAGUGUAUUGUUGAAGUUUGUUCACUUGCUGGUUAGAUACUCCUCCAGCUCAGAUACACUCAGUUUAUGCUAUUGAUAACAUCCAACGUCUGCUGCAAUAUACAUCAGCCUAAAUAGCUCUUAUUGCAUCAUGACCAGAUUACUAACCAGAGAAACAAGCUAAUGUUUUGUUUACUGUUUUUUUGUUUGGUUCUGUUUAAUUUUUAUUUCUGCCAUAAGAUAAAUUCAUCUUUCCUCUAAUCUUCCUGUUAACCUUCUGGGUGUUUUCCCAUUUGAACUUGGCUUUUAUAAAUGCACUUGAUCAGAAUUGUCACUGCUGCUGUCUCACCAGUGCCCUAGACAAUGGCAUUAGUAUUCCACUUAGUCUUUUAGCCUGAUGCAGCUUCUCUGGUAAGCAAAAAGGUACCUAGUCUCAUGACCCAGAGUGCUAUACCAAAUAGAGUAAAUGGCAGAAACCUUUACCCAUCUCAUUUUCAUUCUUUCAUAUUCCCUAGUAAAUCUAAAUAUAUUUCUUCUGGAGUAUCUGGGCUGACACAGCUUUUAUUUUUUCUUUCCAUAGCUGCACUAUUUUGGUGGCCUCCUAAAAUCCUGUGUUAUAGUAACCCUCUUAGGACUGUGUCUCUUUUUGACAUUCUUGGAAGAAGGGGGUUUUUAAACGCUGUCUAGUGUGGAAGUUAGAUAUAUGCUUCCUAAGCUACCCUUUUCAUAGACAAAGUAAAUUUAGAUUAAAGAAAGAGAAAUUAGGGAUAAUUUGUGAGCUCACCACAAGAAUCCAGGUGUUAGAGCCUUGCCAAAACUGUUUUUUACAUUCUACAUACUUACAUUCUACUGUCCUGGGCAUCUCCUGGCACUGCGGCCAUAUUCAUGCUAGUUUUGCUGAUAUGAAGCAGAUAGAGCUUCUCUGAAGUGUUUUAGACCUAACAUCUCAGGAUCUUCUUGGUAUACCCCAACUUUGCCUUUCAGUGUUCUGCUUAAAAAAACCCUUUGCUUUUAUAACUACAUGUUUCUAAUUGUGCUGGGAUACAUUUAAAUAUAUACAUGAUGCUGACCCCAUAAUACCUUGAAGCAGAUAAGCUUUUCCGGAUGCUGCCAAGUACAUUAGUUUACAAGCUGUGCUCUGCAGAUGGUUGGCAAAAAGAAAAUUCCAAAUAAGUGGCUGGUGCAUUGUCUAAUGAACCCUGUUAAUUCUAAUUGGUUAAAAAAAAAUUAUUAUGAUUUGUGAGAAUUUGCUGUGGUCUACAUAUGAGGAUAUCAAUGCUGAGAUCACACCAAAAAUACAAAAGAGUGAGCAGCUUGCCCAAGAUAUAGAAAAGAAGAAAACAAAAGCCAUAGGAGGCCUCUGAAAGAAUUAAGAUUAAAAUGCAGUCCCUAGAUUAAUCUGAUAUUUCACCUCAAAAGUAAUUAAUUUCUUCAUGGCUGGGUUAUUUGUCACAUUGUUCUUGUACAUAAGGAUUUUGUUAAUAUUUUAACUACUCUGCUGAUGUAAGUUGAUCUACACAUGAAAGACCACUAUGUGCAGUGAGUGUCAGCCUACAUACAAUUUGGUAAGUUAGAGUAAUUGAAUUUUUCCUUUGUAUUACAUGGUUUCAAUAUCCAUUGUCUAUGUUUGACUAAUUAUAUUUUACAAAAGGCAGAAAGAUCGCCUUGUGAAAGGCUGCAUAUGCAGGAAACUGUUUUUACUAAAAUAGCAAGUAAAGUCAGCUGCUGUGUAGAAAGGAAUAUAAGUUGUAUAUAUUUCUGCCCUGUAUAUAGGAAAGAGCCAUUUCUCUUUCCACUGCAACUAUGUAUGUAUAAGCACCAGUCAGUCAGCACUGUUCCACUCUCAUCUGACUGAAGGGAUCGAUUAAAAAGGACCUCAGUUACCCCACUUUCAGAGGCAGGCUGUAACAACACUAGACAGAAAGAGAGUGUAGCACUUUGAAGCAAUUUUAAGUUCACUAAUCAGUCUCUGUCCUUACUGUACAUAAAAAGAAGACGUUUUCUCUGGACUUACUGAUGGUCUUUUCCUUUAAGACGUGAUUGUUACUAGAGUUUUUAAAAGGAAACUACUUAUUUGCUAAAGGUGUGAAUGAAUAAAUCUCAUUGUUUUCAAUGUCAGGUUUUCUGCACCAUAUUUUGCAGGGGCAAAUCAUCCUACACUAAUCAUGAAGAGUGGGGUGCAUGCAUAUAUAAAUGCAAACUAUAGUUGUCUGCAGGUCAUGGAAGUCACAGCAUCUUGUGCUGCUCAAGUAAGAAAGCUGUUCAAAUUGAUUCUGACAAAGAAUGAGGCCUGCCAAGGCAUAGAGAAAAAGACAAAUGUUUUGUUAUGAUCAUGAAAAUGUCAGGUGAACACGUUUUUUCUGACAUUUGUUUUCAAUCAAGCUCUAUUUUCACCUCUUCUCUUGGGAUCAAGGAAAGAGCUAAACAUGAGACUUGGAAAGCACCUGGGUUUGAACAGAAAACUCUGCUUAAUGAUUGAACUUGCCCAUGCCCUUGAAUAAUCCAUGUUUAAGGAGUUUAGAGAUGUGCUGUAAGAAGGAAAGCAUACAAAGAUAUCCUUUAUUUGUCCUUGCACCGUAUUCAAACUGGCAACAUUACUCCUCCUGACUUUGAUAAGGAGCAAGCAUGUGAGAUUGCCUGUCUAUAGGUUUUCUGUUCAUUGUCUUGAGCUUAGACUUCUCAGUCGACUCUCAAGUCUGUCCUAAGUCCUGUAAGAAAUGGCUUGAGACUGCUUUUGAUGCUGAUGAAAAUAACCCUGUGCAUUUUCUCUUCAAUUUUACCAAAUAAGGGCAAAAUUGUACUGAAGAGAAAACAGCGUGUUUUGUUGAAAAUGAUUGUUUAAUAUCCAUUUAACCUUUGAGAGAAGUUAGUCAAAAUAAAGUUAUGCAUUUUACUUUAUUGGAAGGAGAAUAUCAUAACAUCAGCAAGGUUUAUUUGGUUCUCAUCCACGUACGUAAUGUUUAAUUACAGGUGGGAACACAGCAUUCCUAGUGAUUGCUUCCAGCAUAAUUUCCAAAGGUGGAACAUAGCAUUGUCAUGAUGUUCUUCAUAUUUUACAAAUGCCUCCAAUAGUAGGAAAAACUACUGUAAGGAGUGAACUGUCAUAUUAGUACUUUGGGAAGUGGAUUACAGUGCAUUCCAUACUUAUUUUUUAAGUCAGCAGCUUGCAUUUAGGAAAGAGAAGUGCUACAGGCUUAUUCAAAAAGUUCAAGAGGACCAAGCAUCUAUAUUUCCCUUACAGUCAGCAGAAAUACAGAUAUUCCUUUAGGGUAUCACUUAAAUUGUGAGCAUAAAGUGGAUUGUUCUUGGAAGAAUUUGUCUUGUUUGCUUACUGCAGAAGGAGUGAGUUUGUGAAGUAAUGGCGAAGUCUUAGCAAAUGCACGGAGUAUGAUGUUUCUUUACAUUCGUGCAGGCUGAUUUGAAUUUUGGAGAAAAGAUCACUGUCAGUAGUCUAGGGAGACUGGUUUGCUAAGCUAAAGUUAGUCUCUCCAAACAGUUUCAAUUAUUACCUCACUAAUCCUCUUGAAAAAUUAUUCUUUUCCUAUGCCUUUCUUAUGCCUUUUGCAUCCUGUAAUAAGCAGACAUACUCCUGCCUCUGAAAUAAAAAUAGCUUCAAAUCUAUGUUCAACAUACCUGUAAUUCUGCCUAUGAUACUGCAAGUAAUGACUCCAUCAGUUUACGGCACAGUGAAGGUUUUGAGCUUUGAGCUUUUUUUUUUUUUUUCAGUACUGUUAAGGAAAGUGCUGCAUGAGUAAUGCAUAAAACCACACUAAUUUAGAGGACCACCAAAAUUUCUGUGGGUAAAAUCUGUCUUUAAAACUAUCCACAGGAAACACAUCAUUACUCAGGAAGGCUACACAAUGUACAUGGUUUAGCAGGACUAUUAUUAGAAUCCAGGUCUCCUGAUUUCUCUGGUCAUUGAACCAUACUGAAGUGUUAGGCAUUAAAGUACAUAGGGAUGAGUUGGAAGGUUCAUAGGAUUCAGGGCAACAAAUGGAUGAAAGCUUUAACUUCUUUUUGAAAAUCUUAAGCUGGUUGAAGGAGCUAUGUGAAAGGCUUCCUAGGAGAUAAAAUCAGGAAAGAAUAUGAUAUUCCUCCUUGCUACAAGGGAUAACUGCUGCUGUCAGCUGCAGCACAAGAGAGGGGGCCCAGAAGGGCAGUGGAACAGACUGCUGUAGCAACACACAGUGGUCACACAUCUGGCACCCACAGCCACUGCAGUCUUUGGCCUGAUAGUUAUUGCAAACUCUACACAACAUUAGCAUGCCCUGUGUAAUACUGCUUUAUAGCAAUUUGUGAGUAGACUCAUUUAACAAUAUCUGAUUUCCUUUUUGUUGUAUUCUAUGCAAAAUAUCCACAAGUAGUUAUACAAUACAGGACAGUAAUGAAAGUUUCUCUCUUUUCUAUAGAAAUAAUAAAGCUAAAAGGUCAGUAAUGUGUAUGCUUGACAAUAUUCAGGUUUUAAUUCUAAAUCUUCUUUGUUGCAUAGCUGUGGAAGAAGUGAAUAAACUUUAAGGCCAAUGCAAACACUCAGGUUGCAAGUGUGUAGGUACCCAAUACUACAUUUAAUGAAGAAGGUAAUUCUGAAAUUGAAUUCUGAAAUAAAAUGCUCCCUACUCUAUAAUACCUACUCUAUAAUUUAUGAAAUAUAUAUCUGACACUGAAUUUUCAAUUAAAAACUUGCUUCUUCCAAUGUCUUCUUCAGAGAUUUUUGUCCUCACUCCUGUAUGCCUCUUCAGUAGCCCAAAGAAGCUGGCAUAAUGUUUUUGAUGAUAUGAGAUAACAGAAUUAUCUAAAACGUUAUACAUAACUAAACUAUAACUAAAACUAAACUAUAACUAAAAUUUUGCUGAGAGUGUGAGUUAUUGCACAGCUGUCAUCCUGGUUCCAGCUGUCCUUUUUGAUUGCCCAAAUACAUUCUGAGAUGCCUAAAUUAGAAAGAUUUUACAUGAGGCUUUUAUAUGAGGCUUUUCUGUAAGCCUUUAUGUUAGGUUAUGGUGUCUGUCGUUCUGUCUCAAAUCAGCAUGCAAAAGUGUUGUUCUUGGAAUUAUAAUAAUUAAAGAACUUCCACAGGCUGUCAAAGUAUUUGAUAAUUUUUCUUGAAAACUCAGCUGAAACACUCUAAGUUCUUUAUGUUUUCCAUUUAGUUUUGAGCAACCUAGGUGGAAUUUUGGUCACAUUUUCACUCUAAUCACUGCAAUUUUCAUGAAAACCUAAGGUGUACUUUUUAUAAAUAGAAUCCAUUAUCUUUGAAGUCCCUAGAGCAAAACAGGUUGCUCUGCAACAGUAUUCAGUAAUCUGGGCUUUUUUAGGUGUUUUGGAUUAAAAAUUACAUUUUAAGGACUCAGAUUUCAAAAUGAUGUUAUCCAGCAGGACCUUGACACAGUUGGGAGACGGGCCUCUGCAAACCUCAACAAGGCCAAAUACAAGGUCUUACUCCUGGUUCGUGGUAAUUCCAGGCACACCCACGGGCUGGGCAGAGAAGUGAUUGAGAGCAGCCCCGUGGGGAAGGACUUGGGGGUGAUGGCUGAUGAAACACUCACCAUGAGCCUGCAGUGAGAGCUCCCAGCCCAGAAAGCCAAGGGAGUCCUGGGCUGCAUCCAAAGCAGCUUUGGCCAGUGCACUGGGUGAGGGAUUCUGCCCCUCUGCUCUGCUCUGCUGAGACCCCACUGGAGCGCUGCAUCCAGCCCUGGGGUCCCCAGCACGAUGACAAGGAGUUGUUAAAACAAGUCAGGAGGAGGGCCAGGAGGUUGGUACGAGGCUGGAGCUCCCUGCUGUGAGGAUAGGCUGAGCAAGUUGGGGCUCUUCAGCCUGGAGAAGAGAGGAUUGUGAGGGGACCUUCCAGUAUCUGAAGGGGCCCACAGGGAAGCUGGAGAGGGAUUCUCUGACAGGAAUUGGAGUGAAUGGGUACACACUGAAAGAGGGGAAAUUUAGACUAGAUAUUAGGAAAAAAUUUGCUAUGAAGGUAGUGAGACACCAGCACAGGUUGCCCAGAGAGGUGGUGGAUGUCUCAGCCCUGGUUCAAAGCCAAGUUAGAUAAGGCCUUGAGCAAUCUAGUCUGGUGGGAAGUGUCCCUGGCAGGAUUGGGACUAGAUGAUUUUUAAUAUCCCUUUCAAACCUUAAUAUUCUAUUAAUCUAACUGCCACUUAUGAAGAUAUUGCAUUAAUAUUGCAAAUUCAAAAAACUACAGAAUAUACUAGUACUGGAAAAAUAUCAAGACUUUAUUUCAGAGGUGUAUACACUCACUAUUAAAUGGCAUGAUAACUAAAAGCUGGUAAAGGAAAAAUGCUUUGAGUAAGUUUAUAGUGAUGGCAAAAGAUAGCAAGGUAUUUACAGUAAAAUGGUUCAAGAAUUUUAUCAGAUGUAAAAAUUGUUAAGCUUCUAUUUGGAAAUAUACCUACUGUGUCAAAAUGAAGCACUGAUCUCUUAUUUCUCUUUUAUACAAAUGAUAUAUAUUUUAUAUAUAUUUUUUACAUAUUUUCUGAAAAAAAGUAUUUUUAGUGAUAUACUUAAGAAUUCUCCUGAACUUUUAGAAUUAUUAUUUUUUGUUUUGGUACCAGUCACCAACCAUUUUUAUAUUCUCUAUUGCUAGAAGAACUACUGCUAGAUACAAGAAUCACAAAAAAUAAUAAGAUCUCUGUGCAUUUCUUGAAGUUCACAUUGAAGUACACACAUGACUGAUUUUUCAAGAAGAUAUUCUUCUUUAGAUUCAUUGAUACGUGAUGGCAUCCGUUCAAGAUUCCAGAUAUGGCCAGAAAGAUACAUCUGACCAGAACUUUGAUUACAUGUUCAAACUGCUCAUUAUUGGCAACAGCAGUGUUGGAAAAACCUCCUUUUUGUUCCGAUAUGCUGAUGAUUCCUUUACAUCUGCAUUUGUAAGCACGGUUGGGAUUGAUUUCAAAGUAAAAACGGUUUUCAAAAAUGAAAAAAGAAUUAAGCUACAGAUUUGGGACACAGCAGGCCAGGAGAGGUACAGAACAAUUACCACAGCUUACUACCGGGGUGCAAUGGGCUUCAUUUUAAUGUAUGACAUCACAAAUGAAGACUCUUUCAAUGCUGUGCAGGAUUGGUCAACUCAAAUCAAAACAUACUCUUGGGAUAAUGCCCAGGUUAUUUUGGUUGGCAACAAAUGUGACAUGGAGGAUGAACGGGUAAUCUUCACUGAGAGGGGAAAACAUUUAGCGGAGCAGCUUGGAUUUGAAUUUUUUGAAACAAGUGCCAAGGAAAACAUUAAUGUCAAGCAGACAUUUGAGCGGCUUGUGGAUAUCAUCUGUGACAAAAUGUCAGAAAGUCUGGAGAUGAAUCCCACCAUUGCUGCCAGCAACCAGAACACACAGCUAAAGGACACCCCUCCUCCACAGCAGUCCAACUGCAGCUGCUAAUGCAGCUAUCAGCAAAGGCAGCUCCAGUGUGUUCUAUUGCCAACAGAGUAUUUAUGAAUGGUUUAUAUGCCUUUAUUUAUACUGUCUUAUUAAUUUAUUUGGGAGAACAGUCUUGUUUUACAUCAGCUGUUUGACUGUGCAUAUGGGGAUAGACCAGUUUUUAGUCUGAAAGGAUGAUCCAUAUUUAGAACCUGGCUUUUGCAUGCAGCGUGUAUAUUAAUUUCUAUUUUCUUUUUACUGUUUUAUGUCACACUUCAGCUGGUGCCAUGUCCUCAGACCAUGUUUGCCUAUAAUUGUCUCUUGCUUCAUCAGUUUCAAGUUAUAUAGUUGAAUUGUUAGGGUAGUGGUCAGGAUGUUUUGACUUAGCUUCCUGAUGCCACUUGUAUAUUUUCCUGACUGAAAAUGAAUUUAGAAGUAUUAUUGUAGUGAGCAAAUCCCUCAUUCUGUCAGGUCACUUGUAUUAGGGACACUUCCUGGAGCACAUUGCCUUGGAAAAUCCACACUCACUAUGUUACACAUCCUGUCUGACUGAAAACUGCAGAAAUCAGAAGAAAGUUAGGUCCUGGACCUAAAGCCAUCAAAAUUUACAACUGUUCAUCAACAAUUUCCAACUGGAUGUGUAUAUACAUUCCAGAGUCUCAGAGAUAUUAGGUACUUCAUCCUGUUUGGACAACUAGAGUACUUUUAGAUAGGAGCUGCAUGUCUAAUUAAUAAUUUUCUGAAACUGGACUUAAUUUCUCAUUCCAUCAUUAUGGAGAUCCCAGUCUUACCUACCCCUGUAGAAGGCUAGUUAGCUCUUUCUAUGUUUGCCUGCAUGAGAAAUUAACCACACAGUCCUAUAUUAUGUUUGACAGAGCCAAAUCCAUUGUGUUUGGUUGUUCAUAGCCAAAAGCUGCCUUGUCACAUUGCUGUCAAACCUGCAUGCUUCAGUUUUCAGAAAUUUCAUCUCCCAUUCAGUCACUGAGACAGCUACCUGCACAGUGUCUAUAAAUGUCUUCAUUUUACUCAGACCUAUUGGAGAAAUGCUGAUGGUGUCAGUGAACUGAAGUUUGACCUGAUUUAUUUUCCCAUUUAUUUUGGCAAGAGAUUUAGGAUUUUUAAACUUUAGGAGAAAUAAAACUGUCAACAUUUCUAAUCUUAGGCUGAAUACAUUGAAAAUAUCAGCAAAAAAAACAUGAAGAUAGUUGAAUAAAGUACACAAAUUCUUUUAUGGUAAAGUGUUAAAAUAGUUAUAUUUUACAGUUUUUACUCCUCUAGUAAUUGGUGGAAGUUUCUUAAAUCAGUGUCCUGAAGUACUUUGUACAACUGCUUUACUUGCAUCAUAGUGACUUUUUUUUACCUGAACAGCAUAACUGAAGAAGCCCUGAUUAUUUUAUUUUUCCAAUUAGAUAUAAUUGAAGACAAGGCUGAAAUUUUGUAAACUGUCAGCAAUGGGAAAAAUUUGAAAAAUAAAAUAAAAGGAAGUAACACAUAAUAUAUUGAAUGACGCACAACUACAAAGAAAUCCUUCUUUACAGUUUAUGUUUUUGACAGUAACUUAUGUAACUCCUGAUACACACUAAGAGAAAAUGGCCUCCUUUUAAAAAUUGAUUAAAUAAGCUAAAUACACUUUGACACAAUAAAAGUUGCUUCCAAACAAGCACAUAGACACAUGUAAAGAGGAUAUACCAGGAGGGUUCUAACUGGGCUGCCUAGGUUAAAUUAAUCAAUGCUGUCUUCAUUCUGGGUCUUUAAACUAUGUCUGUCUUGUAAGUUAGUUUAUUUAAGUAGUUUUCCCCCUAGUAUACAUGGAGAGUAAUUUACCUCCAUGAAGGGAAAGCACCUCCAUUUUAGAGUGGAGAACCAGCCAGGAGGAAGAGAUAUGUGCUAUCCAAACCAUGUUCUUUUCUCUUUCUAGGGUGUUUUUUUUCCCCUCCCCAUUUAAGACAGCGUGUUGCUUAGUAUGCUGAGAGAUUUUCACUACUACAUUUUCACCCCAUAGGUGUCAGCUGAUUGGAAAAAACAGAAGUGGUACAAAGCUGAGCAAGUUUCAUUUGAGAUGUCUGCUGGGCAGUUUUCCAUGUGUUUCUUGUUAUGUCAGCAAAUCCAGGUCAAGAAGAAGAAGCAGGAAAACCUUGAGAUAGAGUUCAGCUUCAGCUCUCAAGUUCUUUAGACAAAUAUUAGGUUGUAUUAUUAGUCUGAGCCAUAUGAGGCAAGGAGGGGAGAGACAUAAUCACAUUGUCAAGGAUCUUGGGCAUAUCCUGAAUGAUGCAGCUUGGCAAAAACUGCAAGAAUUCUUCCAGAUUUGCUCUGAGAUGUUUGAUGUGAAAUUGUCAUAUCCUAUGCACAGUGAAAUAGGGAAAAAAGACUUCAAGGUGUCCCUUGCUGCAGUCACACUUUGCUUGUAUUCCAUUGCAAUGAAUUUAAGACCCUCUCUGCCUGGUUAUUACUAUUUAGACUUGGUGGUAGAAAUACAUUAUUAGCAUAUAUCUUUUUCAACAAAUUGAGUGGUAGAUAAAAAGUUAUUUACUUAAAUGGGAUUAAUUAAUUUCUUUUCAUUUUGCAUCAGAAAUCUAAGAAGAAGAGUAACUGUAAAGUCUAAAGAGAGCCCCUGCUUCAAUUUUUUGAGGCAACUAACUUGCUAGGCCUCCACACAUAUUUGGCCUUCUGCAUGAGAUGGGGUGGCUGGAGCAAGCAGCUGUCAGAAUGGUGUUGCUCCUUAGAGUGCUAAAUGCAUGUUAAAAGGAAAAAGCUUAUCUGAAAUACAGCAGCAGAGAAUGAGUCUGUAUCUAAAAUCUUCUCAACUAGCACUCAGAUGUUGUCAUGGAGUUCAGAGUUAGAUUAAUUUUUUAAAUGUUCAAAUAAAAUAUUUGGCACUUUUCAAGAUAAGACUAAAACCCUAGGAAAGCCACUCGACCCUCUCAGUUGACACUGUUUUGAGUAGAAGGUUGGAAAGGAUGACCUGCUGUUGUCCCAUCAAACAAAAUUUAUCCUAUCCUUACUUUUACUGAAAUUGAAAAUAUGUGGAAGUUCAAGCAGAAUUUUUCUUUUCAAACUGGGUUACCUACUGUCGGAAAAGUAGGCUUUGAUAUUCCAUCACAGGUUGGCUUUUGCAGUCACAUGCUUCAUGGCAAUAUUGAGUUUUCUCCUAUAAAGUUGGUCACAUUUAGAUCAUGAGCAUCAUGAUCUCAGUACCUCUCUCGACUAGAACUUGCCUUUUGUAGAGAAACAGUAAGGACAGAAAAGCUUUUGAGUAGUAACUUACCAAGCAUUCCUCAAAUAUUCCAAGAAUUCUGAGGGGACUAGCAGUGUUAGAAUUUUCAUUAUAUGUAAAAUUGUUCCUUGGUCGCCUAUGGGAUAGAUUAUCCAACAGCAGCCUGUGUCAAUGUGGUUCAGUUCCUCUUGACUUAUAGGAUAGAACUGCAUUUUUCUUAAAUUCAGGCAGGCUGAACAUUUUUGAAGAACCUGUCACAACUUGAUCAAGGGCCUAAAUUUAAACAAUGCUUUGUUCUUCACAUAUAUCUAGUAGUCACUGAUUAUGAGUUCCUGGAGGAGACAAGCAGCUUUUGGUUAUAUCCCUGAUCUAUCCAGUGGAGUGGCACAAUUCCUUCAAGUACCAGGCUACAAAGCACUAUAUUUUGUGAUGGAAGAGGGGAGGGCUCAGAUGAAAACUGGGAUAGCAGAAACAAAACUACUUUCGGCCUCAUCACAAAUAUUAGUGAAAAAGUUCUUGCACACCUUGCAUUAAUUUGUUGUACUUUCAACAUAGAAAUAAGACUGAAUGUCACAACAAAUAAUUGGUCCAGCCAUAGAUACCUAAUACUACACAAUCCUUUUUCCGAGUUAUGAUCUAGACUAAAGUUUAUAGCAGCAGGGUAAUCCUGUGCAUGGGCCAUGCACCAGCCUUAUCAUGCUCUAACAAUGUGCUGCUUUCUGUACCUUCAAGCUACUGGUCAGAAAAUACCUUGGGAGCACCCAGGAACAUGGGGAUUGACUGGUUCCUGUGGUGCCUCUGGCACCAAACUGCCAAAAAGCUAGCCAGCCCUACUGGGUUGAACAUUCAGAUGCAUUUUUUGAUUCUUUUAAGAGUUCAUGUUCACAAGUUACAAGUGCAACUGACUUAAUUCUGUGUCUGUUAUUUUUGGCAGUGGUGGUUAGUUUACUUAGACUUGUUCAUUUGGUGUUUUAAAUAAAUAUGAACUAGCCUAAUUUUCUGUCAAAAAAUACUCUUUCUGAACAGCUAUGUAAGUGACUGUUAACUGGAAUUGUUUGUUCCUUUGUGCUUAUACUUAAUGCAGCGCCUAGAGAAAUUACCUGACCAACUAUAUCUAUGUGGCCUUUUCCAGAGCACCAGUCUGAAAGAUUAAUUUUUUUCCCAGUCUGCUCAGCUCAGCUGUACCAUCUUAAUCUUAUUUAUUUUAGGAAUGAAGUGCUAUUUCAGGAUGCACAAAAUUUGCUGGAGUUUAAUCCCAGCUUUGAGAAUGCAUUAAAUUUACCAUUUUUAGGGAAAAAAAGAAACAAAAAAUUCUACAGUUGGUUGUUAUGCAUCUAUUUCUUCAGAGCAGACAAAUGAUGUUGCAAUUGUAUUCCAAGAGAAAUCCCUUUACAAAUUCCACCUCUCCAAAGCUACUGUCUUCUAUAUUUGUUUUUAGAGAAGUAAGUUUUAUUAUUUACAUUUUUACAGGCAUUAAUUAAAUUUCAGUUCUGAUAGAUCGAUUCCUUCUUGGACUGUUUCAUAUAGACUCACAAUGUAUGAGCCUAGUUGUUCUUUAGCGUGACAGAUUUAGCAAUGUGAGAUCAUGAGUUUGAAGCCUCAUAGAUGCAUCUUCAGGGGGUUUAGCAAUAUAUCUUCACCUAUACCAACAGGUAAAUAAGUUAUGUUAAUUUGCACCAUUGAUCCAUACAUUCUGACUCCAGAUUCUCCAAGGCUGCUCACUUGUCCUGUCUCAUUUAAAAAGGCAACAUAUUUCAAUUAUUUGAAUGAACUCUACCAGUUUUAUUUAGGGGUAAAUGUAGCUCACCUUUGCCAAUUAAGCUUUUGUUUUUGUUUUUGUUUUUGUUUUUUUUGUUUGUUUUUUGCUUUUUUUGUUUAUCCAUGGGUGUUCAGUGAAGAAUUUGUGGCUACACACAUAUUAUAUGCACAUAUAUACAGCAGUAGAUCUUUGAUACUCAUUCAUAUAUUCAAUGCUAUUUUUCCCAAAUUUAUCCUUAAAUUGUCAUUACUGCUGGAAAUGAAAUGUGUUACCAUUUGAAGACCAUAGGCUUAUUAACCAUGGUUGCAGCAGAGGUAGAUGGCUUGUCAUCUGUACGAUAAGGUACUUGUUAUCUGAUCUGGGAGGGAAGCAAAAGUCCUGAUUUUCCCACAACUUCACGUUCACAUAUAAAACACAAAUAUGAAAGUUAGAUAGACAUUGUUUACCACUUCUGGUGAUAAAUUUCCUCAAGUAAUUCUGACAUGUACCUGCAACUAGUGAUAUAUGAAAUGUUUGUGCUGUAACUCCUGUUUGGUAUUUUGUCAGUAAUGUCAGAUGUGUUGUGACUCAGUUGGACCAUCACAAUGUGUAACCUAUAUCCUAGCAUUCGUGUAUUUCAAAUGUCUUACAUGUUGCAUGAAAAAAAUGUUAUAAAAAUAGAUAUUUUUUCUAUUUUUGAAUACCUCAAGACUGAGGAAUCAUGGGCCAAUAAGUGCAAUAUUUAAUUAUUUACUCAGUGUAUAUAAACUUGUGUGAAAGGGAGAAGCAUCAUGUAUGUGUGAUAACCUGUUGAUGAUGACUAUGUGGCUUAAGAUUUUUAGUAAAUGUACACGUCUUGUAGAAAUAUUAUAUAGUAAACACUUUACCAGUGUAGUGUAAGAAUAUUCUUAAGUAACUUAAGCUAUUUUUCAUAUAUGAGACUAUGGUUACAGAUAUUUGUAUGUUUAUAGCAAGUGCAUGUCAAUUUUACUUUUAGAGUUCUGAGUAUCCUUUUUUGAGAAUUGUCAUGUUACACCAACACUAGUGGGACAGGCCUUCUGUCAGAAAAUGCUUUACACCAUUUAUAAACUGUCUGACUAUAUUUUUUAAAGCACGUUCUCUAGAAGCAUUAAAAGAACCUCUUGGAGCUCAGCAUUUAUGGUGAGUUAAUUAUUUAUUCUUAAAGAAUCAGUUACAUGCUCUGUCUGCCUCUUUUGCAUAAUAUCAUGUGGACGUGUUUUCUUUAAUCUGAUACAGUUAACUCAUAAUACUUACCUGAAAUAAUAAAUAGGGGUACCAAAUAUUCUCGCAGAUGACUUGGCAGACUGGUUGGUGCCCUGGUUUAACAUGUUUGCAAACAGCUUCAAGGUCACAGUCAGCAGCAGAGCAUAGUUGACCUAAUUGGUCAACACCCUUGGGUAUAUUUGGGACCUGAAACCCUGAAUCACUGAUCUGCCAUGGGCUCCCAGCUGUGCCCAUAGAGCCUGCAGAAAAGCUCGUUCUGUUAAUUUUUGCUAAAUCUCCAGCUUCAAAGGCAUGUGUCAUCUGCAUUAGGAAUUUACUAAACAGACACAGGCCACUGAAUCUGGGCCAUGCAGAAGAGCUGGGGAAUUGGUUUUGCCAGGCAAUUUUCCUAUAAACUGUAUAUUCAUUAGUGCCAUGCUAAAAGGUACAUAAGUAGAUUUUUAAUUUUAUUUGAUGCAUUUUCGUGAAAAUUUAUGAGGUUGAAUAAGUUAUGGUUUUUUGUUGCCUUGUUUUGUUUUUUUUUUUUUAAUUUGUUUGAUCUGGAAAAUAAUGAAAUUCUAAGGCCUAAUGGAAACCGGUAUCAUGGGUUUCCUUUCUGAUGUCAUCAAAUACAUUCUCUGAGAAAGCAAAGCAGCCAAAUUGCAUUAAGUAGCACAUGAUAGUACUUGCAAUGACCUGAAAAGUCCUUAAAAACCGUUUUUUGUACCUAAUGCCAUUAAAACUUCUGCAAAAUUACAUAGACCAGAGUGAAAUGAAAAUGUAUGUAGAUAGAAAUUUGGUAUUGCUUAAUAGAAGAAGGAAAUUCUUAUCAUCGUUGUUGCUGAGCAACAAAGUAAGAGUCAGAAUAUGAGGUGCCACUAAAAUGUAAAUGUACUGCCUGCUACAGGACUCCCUAAACUUUUUAUUGUUAAGUGACCUGACAGUUCAAGGGCUGGCAGAUAAUUUUACCUAGCUUUUUUAUAAUUCCUCACAGACAUGUGAUUACAUGCACGAAAAUAAAUGCUUUCCUUGAUAACAUGAAGCUGUUCUGGUUCUCUCAAACCAACGUGUUUGCUGAACUGUUUUUGAAGAAAAAUUGAAGUACAUGUUUAGGAUACCUUUGUGAGGGGGUGAGACUCAAUCUGUGCCUUCUCCCCCGACUCUUACUGCAAUAUAGCUACUGUGGUUUUAAAAAAUAGGUUAGCUAAAAUGCUGCUGGGUGAUAAAUUUUGUGAAUUUUCUCCAUAAAUCCAUGGAAGCUCAUCUGAAUGUUCAGUACAAGUUUUAUCCACAUGGAGAGUUUAAUUCUGUUCUGAUGUAGCAACCAUGUGUAUUCCAUUGGAUAUUCUUUUUGUGUGUGACUUCUGUAUACCAAGUGGAUUUUGUUUGUUUAAUUUUUUUGCUGAAAGUUUUUUUCUUUUUGCAGUUACAAUAAAUAUUUAAGAGACUAUA